AAGAAGCGAGUAUGUUAAUGGAGAAUGCUACUCAUAUGUCGAUGCUCUCACUACUAUUGGUGAUUUGGACGCCGGAAUUUCUAAUUCAUUCGAAUUUGAUCUUAGAUUGCUUGAUUCCGCUGCCUCUAAUGAAGAAGGAAUACGAAGCCAAACAAGUUUUACAUUUGUUGACGGACUCCCUACUGUUUGUACAAAAACAGUUAAUAAACCAGAAGAACGAAUUAAGCAAGUGUUCGUUGAAGAAUUUGGUAACAAUUCUCUUAAACAGCGAGUGGUCCACGACGUAUUUGGAUGUGAAUAUAACGAUGGAAACUUCAACAUGGAUUACGAACAGUUAUGCAGAAAAUUUUCAGGGGCCAUCCUCAUCAUCGCACUUCACAACAACCACAUCCAUGUCGUCCAUGACUGUACAUACUCCAAUAAUUCCUGUAGAUGUGCCUUCUCAAAGUUUAUCCAUAGACAGACCAAUAGAAGAUAUUCUAGACGAGUCGUUCCAAGUUGAAAAUUCACGAUUCAACAUUGGAUCAAUUUGUCAAUCUAUUCGCAGAAGGAAACCCGGAAGUACUUAUACUAUAACAUCACCGGGAGAACGUGGUUUUCAAGUAGUGAAGCUAGAUGUGUACGAUUUUUCAAAGAUCUCCAAGAAGCCAAAGAUGGAAUGGUGGAAGGAAGCGAAUUAUCGUUCAACUUUUUUGAUUCAAUCUCCUGUGGACCCGAAUCAUCAAUUGGUCAUGAAACUUUUGCUGAAUGUAACGAAUCAACUCAACAAAAUACCAGGAGUCAAAAAAGAAGAAAGGGAGACAAAAUAAUAGAUUUACUAAAAAGUCAUCCAACAGCACCAAUUCACCACAUUUUAAAUACAUCAGCCUGGUUAACAUCGGAAUUUAA